UUCUUCCAAGGCGUCGUCAUCUUCUUCAUCGCAACACAAGAAGCAUGUCAACCCUCAGUCGAUUGAAACUCGCAGCAACAAUGAAGAGCUGUGAAAAGCUUGAGAAUGAGUUCCCUGAUCAUAUUAUAUCUUAUAUCUUUUCCAAGUUAGCUUUGAAAGAUUUGGUGAAAACCAGUGCAUUGUCCAAACAAUGGAUUCACGAAUGGGGAUUAAGGAUGGACCUUAACUUCGAUCUCUAUACCAUGUCCGACUAUAACACAGAUCAAGACUUGUCACAAAUCCUUCCUCUCUCUCAAAGGUUUCACUUUCAAUCUGAAUUUGCCACAAGAUUGGAUCAAUUUAUGCUCCAUUAUAAAGGUGCCAUCAUCCGUUCCAUUCGAGUAAAAUUUCCAUUAUGUAAUGAACAUAGGGAUGUCAUUCAUAGAUUGAUCUCCAAAGGAAUUGCUAAGGGUGCCAAACAUAUUGAACUUCUCUUCUCUUCUGAAACAACUGAUACUACUAUUUCUAUUAUGCCAUACAGAUUUUCCCUUAUUCUCUUACUUGAGAAUGAUUCUGUGACCUAUUUGCACCUACAAAACUGCCUCAUAGACAAACCCAAUGAACAUUCAAGCUCCUAUGUUAUCCAAGUUUAGCUUUAGAGGUGCUUCGUUUUCAAAGCGUAUAGGGUUAUCUGGAUUGACGAACGUAACAACAAUUAAGUUUGAUGCAUUACUAAUUGAUCUAUCCACAAACAUCUUGCCUCAUUUGUUUUCUGAAUGUCCUCAACUUGAAGUUGUCACUCUUAAGAACUGCUUGUUCACAAGUUCAACACAAAUUACCAGUUCGAAGUUACGUCAUUUGAUCAUACUUGAUAGUGUUUGGGUGGAUGACUCUCCUUCUGAUAUAUCUAUUGAUGCAUUAAAUCUUCCAUCCUUUGAAUAUACUGGGUACACCACAAGGAUAAUUUCUUUUACGGCUCCAAGGUUAUCGAAGGUUUUCUGGGAUACAUCAGAGAGAGAGAAUAGACCACACCUUUUUGAUCCAAUUGCAAGUUUACCACAUAUUGAGAAUUUAGCUAUGAUCGUCGGCACUUUACAAGUAAAGGAAUUAGCGAAAGUCUUGGUUCGGUUUCAAAAUCUUAGACAAUUGGACUUACAUAUUGAUGGAGCAUGUGAUCCUAGUAUGGACUACUUUUGGCUUUUAGAUAUUGCAACGGCUUCUACGCAUCUCCAAAAACUUACUCUGAGUAUUAAAAAUCUUCAUCCGGAACAUUCACAUAUGGUUGGAAUUAAGAGGCAGAAAAGCGAAUAUGAGGGGUUUUCUCAUAAUGUUUUGAAAUAUGUGGAGUUUCUCGGCUGUGUUUGCUCCAUAAAUGUUUUUGAGUUAGCUACUCACCUAUUGAAGAGUGCAAAUUCGCUUAAGAAAAUGACUUUCCAUUCUAGUGACAGAGUCUAUCUUGGAGGUGGUAGAUGGACAACUUAUUUUAAUGCAUGUGGUGGUGAUUGUUGGUUAGGAAAGAAUGUUAUUCACGAGAUGCUUAAGGAUGAAGUAAAUGAACAAUGUCAGCUUAUAAUUCUGUAGUGUCAUUUUUUCUAUUUAUAAUGAGUUUUUACUACUAUUAUUAUUUGUAAUAAAUCUUUUCUAAAAAACUUUGUAUAAUUUACUUUAUUUAUGAAUUACAAUAUUUACUA